AUGGCUGCUCUUCAGCUCCUCACUCUCUUGGUUCUUAUUCAACCAGCCUUCCAGGUAUCAGACAGUGACAGUUUUCUGAUAUAUAAUGAAAACCUCAAGCUUUGUAUACAACUUCAAGCAUCCAGUUCCACCAUCAUCCUGGACUACUGCAAUACAGAUAAUGAACGGCAACAUUUUAAGUGGGUUUCUGAUAACCAGAUAUUGAACAUGGCAGUGAAGCGAUGCCUUGCAGUGCCUUCGAAAACAAACCAGGUUCCAGUCACAGUCUCCUCCUGUAACAGGACCAUUGGACUUCAGAAAUGGGAAUGCAAAAAUAACAGCCUUCUAGCACUCGAAGAAGAAGAUCUAUUUUUACAUCCUGAAGGUCAACGUAAGGGCAAAGUGAUAGUGUCUCAAUCAUCCACAAUAAAGAGUGCCUGGAAGAUCUAUGGUACAAAAGAUGCUUUAUGCUCUAAAGGCUACGAAGAUCUGUUUACCAUAGAGGGCAAUGCCUUUGGAGCCCCCUGUGUAUUCCCAUUCAAGUAUUUGAAUAAGUGGCAUGCUAAGUGCAUAAGAGAUGAUGAUGAACUUGGACAACUUUGGUGUGGAACAACUGAAGAUGUAGAUAGGGACUCUUCAUCUGGAUAUUGCCCAGUAAAAGAUAGCCAUAAUGAACUCUUCUGGACCAAAAAUCAUUGGACAGGUGAUUUCUACCAGAUCAACAUCCAGUCAGCUCUUACAUGGUAUCAAGCCAGAGAAAGCUGUCAGCAACAGAAUGCGGAAUUAUUGAGUAUCGGAGAACUACAUGAACAAACAUAUCUGGCAGGACUAACCGGCAAUUCAUAUGCUAAGUACUGGAUUGGUCUUAACAGUUUGGAUUUUGACAGUGGCUGGCAGUGGAUUGACAACCACCCUUUACGAUAUAUAAACUGGGCUCCAGGUCACCCAUCUUCAGAAACAGAAAAAACUUGUGGAUUAAUGGUGGCUCAGAAUGGGAAAUGGAUGAAUGAGAAGUGUCUUCAGAAACUUGGAUACAUUUGCAAAAGAGCAAACUCUUCAUUAGACACUCCCGUACUUCCUCCAGAUGAUGAUAAGCCUAUUAAAUGUCAAGAUGGCUGGGUUGCAUAUGCGGGCCAUUGUUACCGUCUGAACAGAGACCUCAAGACAUGGAAACGUGCGUUAUUAUCCUGUCAAAAGGAUGAUGGGAAUUUAAUAAGUAUACACAACGUUGAGGAAUACAGCUUUGUCAUUUCUCAGCUUGGCUACAAACCAACAGAAGAUGUACUGUGGACAGGACUGAAUGACCAGAAGACCCAGAUGUAUUUUGAAUGGAGUGAUGGGAGUCCAGUGAGAUUUACUAAGUGGCAGCGAGGAGAACCUACGCACAUAAAUAAUAUUCAACAAGACUGUGUCAUCAUGAGAGGGGAGAAUGGAGAUUGGGCAGAUCAUUUUUGUGAAGAAGAACAUGGUUACAUCUGCAAAAAAGAACGUUUGGCAUUUCUUCCCGACGAAGCUGAAGUUACUGAUCCAAAAUGUCGGAAAGGCUGGAAAAGGCACGGUUUAUAUUGUUACUUCAUUGAACAGACACCUGUAACGUUUUCAGAAGCAAUUAGCGUGUGUGGAGCAAACAAGGGAUUUCUGGCUUCCGUGGAGGACAGAUAUGAACAGGCCUACCUAACUAGUCUAAUUGGGCUGCGUUCUGAAAAAUAUUUCUGGAUUGGACUUUCAGAUGUAGGGAAACCAGGGGCAUUUAACUGGACCAGUGGAGACAGUGUUGUAUUCACCCACUGGAAUUCAGAAAUGCCUGGGCAACAGCCUGGCUGUGUUGCUAUGAGAACUGGAACUGCAGCUGGAUUGUGGGAUGUUGUGAGCUGUGAGGAGAAGGCAGCUUUCCUCUGCAAACAGUGGGCAGAAGGUGUGACGCCUCCUCCUGCCCCUGUAACAACUCGCCCACCCCCAUGCCCAGGAGGAUGGCAUCCAAGCCCAACGAGGAAUGUAUGCUUCAAAGCCUAUAUGGAAGUGCAAAAACAUAAGAAAACUUGGUUUGAAGCACAAGAUUUUUGCAGAGAAAUUGGAGGCGACCUGGCUUCUAUGCAUAGUAUUGAAGAGAACUAUUUAUUAUUGAAAUGGGAAAUUGGAAAAGCAGUCUGGAUUGGUUUAAAUGAUAUGGAUCCCACCAAAGGAAUGACAUGGAGUGAUGGGUCACCUGUAGAUUAUAAAAAUUGGCCCCUUUGGCGUCAUUCCAUGAGUAAUGAUAAACACUGCUAUACAACGUAUGGAGCUGGAUUUUGGAUACCUUUUAGAUGUGAACAUUUACUUCAUUGGAUUUGUCAAAUAAAUCGAGGUGUGCCCUUAAAACCAGAACCAAACAAUACUUUUGGAUAUUCUUUCAAAGAAAUUGAAGAUGGCUGGAUUGCAUAUGAGAACAAUGAGUACUACUUCAGUAAUGCAACGCUUCCUGCAGAAAAAUCUCGGGCAUUCUGCAAGAAGCAUGGUGGAGAUCUUACUGUCAUUGACGGUGAAAGUGAAAGAAAGUUUUUGCAUAGAUAUAGCAUCUUUUAUAGAACUUCUAUGCAGAACCCUUAUAUUGGUUUGAUUUUGGGACUUGAUAGAAAGUUUGGCUGGAUGGAUGGAACUCCAGUGACCUAUGAAGCCUGGGCCCCUGAUGAACCGAACUUUGCAAAUGAUGAUGAAAACUGUGUGGUUAUGUACCUCAAUACAGGCUCAUGGAAUGAUGUAAAUUGUGGUACUGAGACGAGCUUCAUCUGUGAAAGGCAUAACAGUUCUGUCCGUUCUACUGUUGCUCCCACAUCACCUGCACCUCAGGGAGGUUGCAAUGAAGGUUGGCUUUUGUUUGAUAACAAGUGCUUCCAAAUAUUUGGUUUUAAUGAAAAUGAGAGGAAAAACUGGACUGACGCUCGUGCUGACUGCAGAAGUCGAGGAGGAAACCUGGCUAGUAUACCAAGCAAGGCUGUUCAAGCUUUCCUCACCAUGGCCUUAAAUGGUGCUCCAACUGAUACUUGGAUUGGACUGAGUGAUGCUAACUGGGAAAAUCGAUUCUAUUGGACAGAUGGAAGUGGUGUCUACUAUACAAACUGGGCCAAAGGUUUUCCGGGUUAUCUUGGUGACUGUGUUUUUAUGAUGACAACACCUGAAAGACAUGCAGGAAAUUGGAGAGAUGAUAAAUGUGGUGCUAAAAAAAGCUACUUCUGCCAAAGAAACACUGAUAUUGCAUCCUCUCACUCGGAACCAACGAUUCCAGCCUCUGGCUAUAUCCUUUACGGAAACAGCAGCUAUUCUCUCGUUAGCCCCAAUAUGACAUGGGAAGAAGCAAGAAAAACAUGUAAAUCUGAAAAUGCAGAGCUUGCCAGCAUUUUAACUCCCUACAUCCAAUCCUUCCUAUGGCUACAGGUGUUAAAAUACGGGGAGCCUGUGUGGAUUGGUCUAAAUAGCAACAUGACCAACGAGGCUUACAAGUGGGUGAGUAACUGGAGACUGGUGUAUACUCAUUGGGCCGCUGAAGAACCAAAACAGAAAAUUGCCUGUGUUUACUUAGACCUUGAUGGUCACUGGAAAACAGGAUCUUGCAAUGAAAAGCACUUCUCUGUCUGCGAGAAGUAUCAGGGUAUAGUCCCAACUGAGACUCCACAGCAACCAGGAAAAUGUCCCUCAUUAAAACAAAACCAGGUACCUUGGAUUCCUUUUCGGUCUCAUUGCUAUGCCAUCUACCCUGUCCGGGAAUCCUGGACUAGAGCAUCCAUGAAAUGUACUCAGUUAGGUGCCACCUUAACUUCAGUAGAAGAUUUAACUGAACAGAGAUUUUUGACGGAACACAUUGAAGAACUCAGCCGUAAGGAGUUUUGGAUAGGAAUGUUCAAAAAUAUAGAAGGAGAAUGGAUAUGGCAAGAUAACACCGAAGUGGAUUUUGUCAACUGGGAAGGGGGACAGCUCCAUGAUGAUGAAUUUCCCUAUGAAGCUGAAUUUAGUUUUCAUGACAAAUGCAUUUUCAUGAAUAGAGAUACUGGGGAGUGGUCCAAAUCCAGCUGCGAUUAUUCCUCCAAGGGAUUUAUUUGCAAAACACCCAAAAUUAUUGAAGUGUCUGCAACUACAAAGCCUACAAAACAUGAUGCGAACAAAGGGAUUGUUGCAUCUACACAGGGCAAAACGGUGACGGUGGUUUUACUAGUUAUCUUCAUCCUUGCUGGUGCAAGCGUCACAGUCUAUAUUUUCUACAGAAGACGCAGCAGACGACCACAAACAGCAACUGGCUUUGACAACUCUUUGUAUCAUGACAAUGAGAUUAUUCUUCAGAACGACUCAGUAUCUCUUGUGGACAACAAAGCGGAAAAUUAACAAAGUUCGACUGGAUUCCUACCCACAUUUACCUGAGAGUAUAUCCUAUUGAACUUAGUUAGAUUUACUUCUGAAUAGACAGGUAUAGGAUUAAAAGUUAAUAAAUUAAUAGCAGUAAGCAUUUUGAAAAUAUUUUAGUAAUACAUAGAUUUAGUAAUACAAGCAGUAAUGCAUAGAUUUACUUUCUACAAGACUCAUGUGGAAUGUUCAGAAUGCAUAAUGAUUAUUCAGUGGAAACAUAUUCUACAUGGAAUCACUUUAAAUUAAAGAUCUGUGAAAAUUGUAAACUUUUUACACUGAUUUGUAAAAUUAAGGCUCAACUAGUUAUCCUCUGGCAACCGAGGGGGCCUCCAAGGUAUUUUUUGCCCCAGUUCAGUGAAGCAUUUCUGCAUAGAGCCCGUUUUAAAAAGCUAAAAUCCCACCAAUCAGUGUGUGACAAAUAAUUGCCCCAGAAGCUUUUGCAUUUGGCAAGACUCCUGCACCAACCUACAUAAUAAGCUACUUUGCAAAUAUUUAUCCAAAAUAAAGUUAUUGAUCUCCCACAUU